CUUCAGAAGCUAAACUACAGAAUAAAAUGCAGCUUUUUACAACUUUUCUAUAGCUCGAGUUUCUACUCAAAAUGGGGGCUAAACCCUCAUCUAUAAGCGAUUUGCAACACAACCCUGUCCUCCAAACAUUCACUGGAGACACAGCGAUUGGGGAAGAAGAAGAGUUUUGGCAAGAUAUCUUGGCGUUCUCGUUUCAAGCUCCCUACAACAGUGCUGAUGCCAGAUUGUUGGAGGAAGCUACAGAACCAAUUUGUCAAAGGCUAGUUGGAAACAAUUUAACAACAAGAAAUUUUGUCACCCUUAUAAAAGUGUUUUUGAAAAGGAUACCAGAUUUGAAAGACAGUACAAAAUGUGACAACAGUGACUUCACAUCGGAGAGCUACAAUGCCAUCCUUCUUGUUCGUAGUUUUUCAAAAUAUUUUAUAGAGAUGUUACCCAAUGAAGAUGUUAUCAGGCAUUUAGGAGGCUCUGUAGUGAAAUCUCAAAGUGACGAGGAUGUGUCUGGCUUCUCUGGACAAGUGUUGCGCUGCACAGACUGUGGAAUUAUAGAGGAUCUUAUUUGUGGUCUUAUUGAUGUCAUUGUCAAUGUGCCUGUCAGUGAAGUGACAUAUCCCAUUCAUGUUGAAGCUAUAAACACUCUGUUGGUCAUGUUAUCAGUUCAGAUGUUUGACUCUGGUGCAUCUCACAGUAGUAUCUUCUAUCAGGUUAUCAUGAAGGGAAAAUGCAAUUCGAGUGCAAAUGACCUUGUCAGAGUUCUUUUAAAAAACUUCAUCAAAAGUGAGAAAACGCCAGCAGAGCUUACAAGAGUUACCAAUGGAGGCUGGUUUUCUGGUGUAUGGUCAUGGUUUGGCUCUCAAGGCACAAGUGAAGGUGACUCCUCCCUUAUGGCAAAUCAGAGCUUAUUGUUGCUGCUUGUUCUUGUUAAUCACUGCACGCAGGACAAGAAAAAAAUAAAUCCUUACAGACAUGCACUGUUUUACUUCACAAAUAGGAAACUCAAAGAAAACAUGAUGGACCAAGACAAUUUGGAUAAAGAGGGUGAUCCUCCCUUUACGCUCCACAUUGGAAUGCUGUUCUCAGCAAUCUGCAGAGAUCUACAUAAAGAUCAAACAACACUUCUGUUGUAUUUAUUACUGCAUCGCAAUUCCAGUGUGGCAUCUUUUAUCCUGUCGAGGACAGAUAUUGAUAACUUGGUGAUGCCGAUUCUAAAAUUACUUUAUAAUGCUGAUAAUCACAAUGCACAUCAUAUUUAUAUGUCCCUCAUUAUCCUGUUAAUUCUGAGCCAGGACGAAAACUUCAACAAGUCAGUUCAUGAGCUGGUAAUUCCCACAAUACCGUGGUAUACAGAACGAGUUAUUACAAAUAUUACCCUGGGAGGUCUACUAGUGUUAGUUGUGCUCAGAACGAUACAAUAUAACAUGACCAAAAUGAGGGACAAAUAUCUGCAUACUAACUGCCUGGCUACACUAGCCAAUAUGUCGUCACAGUUCCACGCGCUUCACCCAUAUGUUACACAAAGAAUUGUCAGUUUGUACGCUCUACUGUCAAAGAAGCACGCUAAGGUGACAGAGCUGCUGAAACAAGCUGAAAGUGGCAACCAACAGCAAAAUGCAAACGAAGCUCACAACAGCGACCACCUGGCAGACCUUGCAAUUCUUGAAGAAGUGAUCCGUAUGGUGUUGGAAAUCAUCAAUUCGUGUGUUACCAACACACUUCAUCAUAAUCCAAACCUGGUGUACACCUUACUCCACAGAAGAGAACUAUUCGCUCAGUUUAGGACGCACCCAACCUUCCAAGAUAUUAUACAGAAUAUAGACACGGUGUUGGCAUUCUUUAGUGCCCGCCUGGAGCAGCACCCAGAGCAGACGCUGUCUGUUGGAGUGGUGCUCGAUGUCAUUAAACAAGGAACACUUCAGUGGCCUAGAGAUAGACUCAAGAAAUUUCCUGAGCUUAAGUUCAAAUACGUGGAGGAAGAACAACCAGAGGAGUUUUUCAUCCCAUAUGUCUGGUCCUUAGUUUACAAAUCAUCGACACUUUACUGGAACCCAGAUCAUAUUCAACUCUUCCAUCCUGAGUCUGACGAGUCUGGAUCCUAGAGAGCAACUCCAAAUAUGGUGCGGCGGGAACGUAUCCGGGAUGUUGCAGGAUGUAUCAAAGGUUUCGAUAGACAGUGGACUUGUGCAGUAGAGAUGUAACAUUAGAAGCAUCCUAUUUUUAUCCAAUAAUGCAGCUUUGUCCCACUGAUGUCGUAAAAUAUUUUGACACGUUCGUUCUUGAGCAUCAUUUUCAAGGGUCCAAAUCUAGUUGGCCCUGUUGAUUUUUGAAAACGGAGAAAAUAUGUUAGUGCACAAAAAAUUGUAACUUUUAUGCCACCUUUGAUCCCAAACGUAUACUCUUAAUGAGUGUUUUGAAAGCGUACGUGCUCGUUGAGCGCAAAUCGAUGGUGAACCAACAAUUGACUACACACAUUGAUGAGAUUAGAGUGUCUAAUCAAUAUUUUGUUUACGUCUCGCGACCGUGGAGCUCAGGAAAUUUGGUUAUACUCUGUGUCUGUGGAUCCAUUGUAAAUUAAGUACAGAAACUUAUUUUCCAUUCGGCAUAGAGAUAGGAGUGUUUAGAUAGUGAGUUACGAACUUAUAGGCGUUUUCCUCAAGCUUGCUCGUGUUUGUUUGAUGUGGUCGUGCAGAUUUCGGUUAAAGCGUCAAGUUACAGCAGUAACGCCCUCAUGCGAAUUGCGAUAGUGUGGAACGAAAACAGAAACUGGAAUAAUCUGAGAAGUAUGUUGAAAUCCCCUAGUUAGCAGACGAAAGCUUGCGCCGAAUUUCACUUAACCUCGGAAGGUUUCUGAGCGUUUCAAUAUCUCAAACAUCCUAGUUAUCCUAUUAAGGAUGUAUGCUCUAAAGUAGAGAUGGGGAAAAAAUUGAGUUAUAAUCGAAUUAGGAACGUAAAUGAAGCAAGGAAUGAUACAAGGAAGUCAAUUCACACCGAGAUUAACUGCAAAUCCUCAGAAAUUACAAGAUUAAAGGGAAUUAAAGAUGUAUUAGUCUGGGAAAUAUUGCAGACAAAUCUCUUAUAUAUCCAAUUCAUGGAAUAUUUCAGUGGAAAUUUUGUUUACUUGAAAAGCCAAGUGGGAUCGCUUAAGAGAUUUUUAAGGCCAAUGUCGUGGUCCCUGCCUGUUAAAAAUUUUGGCUUCAGUAUUUCAAGUUCGCAAUCUGUCUUAAUCUUCUCCAUCUUUUGCAAUCCUUUUUAUUUCUUGAUAUCUCAUCACCCCUUUUGUGUUUAUAUAUUUUUCCGAACUGAAAUUUUAAUUCGCAGUUUCCAUCGUGGUAAAAGUUGCUUUGCACAGCGUAAGAGGUAGAUUAAAUAUUUGGACUUAGCUCUUCAAAGUGGCUGCAAAGGCGGCAUUUUGUACAACUAUGUAAUUAAGACAUACGCAUAUUUUCUUUGGAAUGAGAGAGGUUUCUUUUAGAGGUCGAUAUGUCAGUCCUUUUGUUAUUCGAAUAGAGAAGUUAUUGUAACAAGAAAUACUCUUCGCGUUUGGUGAAAGCCUUGUAAGAUUUCUUACAGCCCAACAGACAGCUGAGAACAAUUAACGAGCAAAUAUGAUAAUUUUAACAAUCUAAUCAUUUAAGGGGGUAUGAUCCGACACAGGUUGUUUGGAUCCUAAUUUAUAUAUCAACAGUUAUAGAUAAAUUUUCAUAGCACAGUUUCAUAUGCAGAUGGGAAAUAUAAUACGAUAUAUUUAACAUAGUUUAAUAAUGAUAUAAACUAAAUUAAAUCUGGGAAUACUAAAUAUGUAUAUCAGACGUUGCAAGGGAAUUUAAAGAAAUUGGUGUCAGUAUUUGUUUAACUUCCUUGGUCUUGAUCAAGAAACAUUGUUUGAAGAGGAAUGCUUCAAAAUUUUAGGAUUAGAUUUGGGGAGGUUGUUUUGCAGUCGUAUGCUUUUCUCCAAAUAUUUACGAUGUUUUUUUGUAACAUUUUAUAACAGUUUUGGAAAGUGCUGUGCUUGACAAUGCUUUUUCACUCCACUUGACAAUUUUAAUACGCAUUUUAGUAUAUCGACAUUUUUUCACCGCGGUGUUUGUUCGUUUGUAUGGCGAUGGUGCAUUGACAAGCGAUAGUCAAUUGAGUAUAGAAAGUAAUCCCAGACUGCAUUGGUGGCUCGUGUUUUCUGCUCUUCAACCCUAAGCUAAUUUCUUUAUUUUAAUUUAAAUUUUGAUUGGUUAAGCUGAUGUUUUUCUUUUGUUCUGACGGGCUGAAUUUACUACUUUGUUUGUGGUUUCGUGACACUCGACCGAAUAGCCCUCUCAGCUAGAAAAUGCGGCAUUGCGGUUGUUCAGAACCUUUUAUCAGGCUUACUUCGCGAAGUAAAGUCAGAUUUGUUAAGUUUAACUGUUCUCAAAUCAUCUUAACCUCGUAAUAUAUUUUGUUCCACAUCGCUCUUAAAGGUGCGAGCACAAUUAUCAGUGAAACAGCACUUUGAUAUGUAUUUCUUUAUAUGCUAUAUACCAUUAAACGUUAAAAAUAUAA